AUGGCGCCGACCGUUACACCUCCUCCGCCUGCCGCAGCGCAGACGAGCCUCUUAGCGCUCGCCGAGGCGACGGAGAACGUCACGCGCCGCGCCUACCCCUGGGCGCCGCAGGCGGCGCUGGCCAACGGCCGCGCCGUCGCGCUGUCGGCGCUGUCCGCCGAGGCGCUCGACGAGGUCGCGGCCCUCGUGCGGUCCCAGGGCGGCGACGACGGCGCCGCCGCCGCCGCCGCGACCGACGUCCCCGCGGAGGCGACCGUCGUCCUCCCGAAGCCGCGCGCGGCCGCCGCGGCCCCGGAGCCGCGCGCCGUCGCGGUCGCGGUCGCCGUCGACGACGACGACGACGACGAGACGGACGACGACGACGACGACGACGGCGCGUCGUCCGACGACGACGGCGGCGCGGCGCCCUUCGGCCUGCGCGUCGACGCGCGGUCGUCGACGGUCGAGGCGCCCGUCGCCGCGGACCUCGCCCUGAGUUUGUGCUCCGCCUUCGCCGGCGGCUGCGGGUUCCACGGCACGCGGGCGACGCGCGCGGCGACGGCGGCCGGCGCCGCCGCGCGGCUCGCGGCCGCCGCGCGGGCGAAGCGGGCCGGCCGCGGGUCCGUGGCGCUGAUCGCGCUGCGGUCGGGCAAGUUCGCCGGAUGCGUCUUCGGCCCCGACGGCGCGCCGAAGCGCCACCAGGUCUUCUCGCGCUACACGACGCGCCGGGGCCAGGGCGGCGCCCAGGCGGCCAUGGACAACACGGGCCGCAAGGUCAAGUCCGUCGGGUCGACGCUCCGCCGCGCGGGCGAACGGGCGCUCGCCGAGGAGGUGACGCUGCUCCUCCGCGAGACCUGGCGCGCGGACCUGGAGGCCUGCGAGGGCGUCUACGUGGCCUGCGCGCGCGCCAUGCGGCCCUUGCUCUUCGGGAAGAACGACGUGCCCGCCUGCGUCGACGCGCGCGACCCGCGGGUCCAGAAGAUUCCGUUCGGCCUCGCGAAGCCGACGCUGGCCCACGUCGUCGCCGCCUACGAGCGCCUGACGACCGUGCCGCCGCGCCGCGCGCCGGUGGUCGUCGAGGCGCCCGUCGCGAAGCUCGCGGUGAGCGCCGCGGCGCGCGCGGUGCUCGACGCCGCCGCCGCGGGCGACGAGGCCGCGCUCGACGCGGCGCUCGCCGGCGACGACGCCCUCGCGCGGUCGCUGGACGAGGACGGGAGCUCCGCGCUGCAUCUCGCGGCCGCGCGCGGGUCCCCGGAGCUCGCGCUCGCCCUGCUGGCGCGCGGCGCGGACCCCGCGGCGCGCGACGGCCGCGGCCGCGUCGCCUUCGCGCUCUGCGGCGACCGCCGGACGCGCGACGCCUUCGUCAAGGCGCGGGCGCGGCUCGGGGAGGCCGCCGCGGACUGGGCCGGCGGCGCCGUGCCCGCGCCCCUCGACGACGAGGCCGUCAAGGCCAAGAAGCAGAGGGAGGCGGAGAAGAAGAAGCGGCAGCGCGAGCGCCAGAAGCAGCAGAAGGCGGAGGCCAAGGCCAGGGCCGAGGCGGACGCGGAGGCGCGGGCGGCCGCGGACGCCGCGGCGAAACUGAAGGCCGCCGAGGACGAGAAGCGGAACCGCUGCGCGAGCUGCGGCGGCGCCGUCCGCGGCGAGCCCUUCCGCCGCCUCGAGUUCCUCUACUGCGCCUCGGCCUGCGUCCAGGCGCACCGCCGGGAGCUCAUGGCCGCGGCCGCGGAGGCGCGCUUCGGUAAACGGUAG